UUUGUAUUAACUAUCUAGCUAUCUAUAUCUCGACAGACAUCACAUUCUAUUUAGCUGUGAGCUGCUGGAGAGCUGUGCAGUAAAGGAUUAAGCAGUGUGACUCUAUAUACUUUGAAUACUUUCCACCCCAAAGAAAAAAGGAAAGACACAGCAGACCAAAAACAGGAAACAUGCGUGGUCCCACAAGAAGCUUGCGUCUUAUUUGAAUACACCUGGUCAUACUGUAUGCUGUAUCAGCAGACCUUUAAAUACUAAGUCCACUGCAAGCAAAGUUUCAUGCGUCGAGAGAUGGACUGCAGUGAAUGCAUUUUGCUGAUCAUUUCUUUUUGCUGUGCUGGGGGCAUGAGCUCUGGGUCGGAAAAAACAGUCUACGGAAGCCUGGGGGGCUCAACGCUGUUGAGCAUAACGCCCGAACUUCAGAAUUUUACUCUGCAAUUUGGCAAAGCUCUAUGGAAAGUAGGUGCGUCGGCUAAAGACACAAAGACAUUUAUCGUCGAGUAUUCUGGAAAUCAUACCAAUAUAAUGGCAGAUAAAGAGCGGAUCAAGUUUCAUCCAGAGAACUUCUCCUUGGAAAUACUGGAGACCAGGAGAGAGGAUGCAGGGCACUAUGAAUACACGGUGAACAAACGCUUUGAGGAACAGUCUUUGCAGUUCCAGUUGGAAGUGUAUGAGCAGGUGUCCAUCCCCAACCUCCAGAUGGUCAGCAAGACCCUGGGGAACGAGAGCUGCGCCAUGAACCUGAGCUGCCUGGUGACGAGCGGGGACAACGUGACCUACAGCUGGAAUUGCAGCGAGGGCAACGCCUCCCAGCUGCAUCCAUACAAUGACAGCUUCCUGCACCUCUCCUUCACCCCGGGGGAGGGCAGCGUCUCUUGCACCUGCACCGCCAGGAACAGAGUCAGCCAGCAAGCCACCAGGCUCAGCUUCCCCGUGGAGUGCAGCAACAAGCCAGGCGGCUCGCUCAGGAAUGAGCUCUUGGAAUUCAUCGUGCCAAUAGCCAUUGUGGGGGUUCUGGUCCUCUGUGCAGGGGUCACAUACCGGCUACGACACAAAGGCCAAAAAGAGCAUUCUCAGCUGAAGGAGGAAAAGGAAAGUUGCACAAUUUACUCACAAGUCCAGAGGGUGGAGCAGCCAAAAAGCCCUCGCCCCCCUCCCGCGGAGGAGAGCUCUGAGUGCACCACCAUCUACGUCUCCGCCACCGGGCUACCUCCAGACACUACUCAGCCCCAAGAUCCAGGGCUGAUGACCAUUUAUGCCAGUGUGAUGCCCAUAACAAGCUGAGACCCUCCCUGGGGAAUGUGCAAAAUUGUAGCUGCUCUGGAGACACCGACGGACUUUUACCCUGCACACAGCAGAAACCCAUCUCUCCAGCUGGCUGAACUUUUACCCACGUCCACGUGAAACCCCCUUGGCUCCACAGAAACGGGAUAGAACUCCACCGUGCAAUAGCAUUUGGCAUAACAUGCCUCAUCUCAUCCCAACCGAGUCCCAAGGCUGUAAACGAGAGUCACAGAGUUUGUAACAGCAGAGCAGAGGGGAAGAAUCUAAGUGAAGCGAGACAUCCAUGAGGGACUUUGCUAUUGACUUUACUUGAGAGGCUCCCAAAGACAACGAUGAUGGGUGGCCGUAUAAAACCCUAGGUUGGACAGAUAGAGAGACAAGCACAGGAAAAAGAGGGAGGAUUGCAGGAGAGACUGGCUAGGUGAGGAGACAAGGGGAGAUACAGAAAGGCUGCUCCAGGUGACCGGAGCUGCAAAGGAGAAGGUUCUCUCACCACCAGCAGCCAGAUGGUGCAAUGGCUCCAAAAGGAGGCUGAUGCUGGAGGACUAGAGGGGAGCAGAGACAGUGAAUCUGUCUAUUGCAAGUUCCAUGGAGGGUUUCAAAAAUAAAGCGAACUGGAUCCCAAGGGGCUGAUUUUCAGCUGGUGUAAAUCAACUUAGCUCCCUGGUCUGCAAUGGAGCAACAGAUUUACAUCCUCAGUGAAUUUGGCCCAGGUGAAUGCUGUCCCUAUGCAUUAUCAUCCCACUGCUGAUAGGAUAGAAAGGUUAGACCUGGCUCUCAGUCCCAGAGCAGGAGCAGGCUCCAUGGGGAUUCUGCUGUGGGUUCAGGGAGGGUUAAUCCUGAUUCAAUCAGCUUCACACUGAGGAUCAAUUUUCCCCUGUCUGCUUCUGCAUAGUGACAAGGAGGGUGAAAUUCACCCCGCACAGAGGUCCAACAUGAGGCCUGCACUCCAGUUUGAUCUUAAAUCCCCCCUGCUCAAUUCCACAAACAAGCCCCCACUUGUAAUACUGGCUCUGUCGGCAGUGGGGCUUGAACCCUGGAUCUUAAAGCAUGAGUCUCCCAGCCAUGUUGCAAGCUCACCAACCUUGCUAUGCGGGCCAGUCACCCCUACAUGGGGACAGAGUGGCUUGCACAUAGGGCUGAUUGGAGAAACAUCCACCAAACCGUCUUCCAUAGGAACGUGCAGUUCUACGCCGUGCAAAGUCAGGUCAAUUUUUUGCUGGAAUUUCAUUUCAGAAGAAAACCGGGGGCGGAAAUUCCAAUACUGUUGCGACGUCCCAUUCUGACAGUUUUUGGAACACAGCGUUUCAGUUCUUCGUUGGGAUAGGACUUUUCGUUCUGAAUUAUUUUAAAAUUUUGCAUCAGAUAUUACAAUGCCUCUCACAUAUUUGCGUUCUACUACGGCGUUUGUAGAAAAGCUGAACUCAGCAUGAAAUGGCAUCAAAGCGAAAUGUUCCGAGUGCCCCCAAGCAAUUGCGAUUUGUCGUUUCGAUUCAGAAUGAAGCCAUAUUUUGAAAUCUCUAGUUAUACAUAGCCCUUGGGCCGGCCCUCUGCGCAGGGGUGAAUUUCACCAUCAGAGACUAGACCCCACCCCCUUCAAGCCCAGAAAAUGUCACAACCAUGGGCAGACUCAUUCCUGAUGUACUUACCCCUCUGACCUGUGAGAAGGGGUAGGGAUAGUCUGAUAAAUGACACAGACUGUUUUUAAAAGGUUCUCAUGUUGCAUUAACUUGGGAGGCAACAUGGUCUAGAAGUCCGAGUGAAGUGACUAAGCAUCCGGACUCCUGAAGUCCAGUCUUAGCUCUGCUACUGACUCUCUAUGCGACCUUGGGUGAGUCCCUUUGCCUCCCUGGGGGGCUCAGUUCCCCCCAAGCUGUAAAAUGGGGAUCAUGACACUGACAUACAGCAUGGCUGGAGAACAGCAUUUGUAAAUUGCUUUGGAAACCUAAGAGAACAACUUAAUGUUAUUUGUGCAGCGUGAGCUGACUGUGUGCACCAGCUAUAGGAAAGGAGAAAAAAAAAAUAAUGCCCUGACAAUAAAAUCCUUGUAGCGAGGCAGUUACCUGA